UUUUAAACUGUCAAGUCAAAAUGAAAGUGCAACAGACUUCCACAUGAGGGUGUGGUGCUUGAAGACAAAACGCAAUGUGUCAGAGCAAUUCAGAUCACUUCACUGAGGCACAUCUCAGUUGCAGUACCUGCUACUCAUCUGCUAACAAAGUGCUCGACUCCCUCGGGACUGCUUGGCUGUUUGCAACGGGCACAUGCACGUGUGCCUGGGAAACAGCAGGACCAGGAAAGACAAAUGUGAACAGCUUUGCCACGGUCUCAGAUAUGAAUAACUCAACAGAUUACUGGAUUGAAGAUGAGGAGGAUCAUCUCAACCCUCCUAUAGAUUACAAUACCUAUGAGCUUCUCUGCGAAAAAAGCGAUGUGAGAAAUUUCAGAAAAAUAUUCCUCCCAGUGUUCUAUGCACUGGCUUUCACAGUUGGAGUGGCUGGAAACUCAUUAGUGGUUGCAAUAUAUGCCUACUGCAAGAAACCCAAGACCAAGACAGACGUGUACAUCAUGCACCUCGCCAUUGCUGAUCUGCUCCUGCUCUUCACCCUCCCUUUUUGGGCUGCAAAUGCAGUGCAGGGAUGGGAACUUGGAAAUCCAAUGUGCAAGCUCACUUCUUCUCUGUACACCAUGAAUUUCAGCUCCAGCAUGCUGUUCCUGGCCUGUAUCAGCGUGGAUAGAUACAGGGCCACUUCUGAAUCCCAGGGCUCUAGAAGAGCUGGCAAACACUGCAGUGUUACCUGCAUCUGUGUCUGGCUGGCUGCCAUUUUCCUCAGUAUCCCUGAGCUGAUAUUUAAUCAGGUCAAGAAACACAAUGAGAGGAAUGAAUGCCUUCCUGUAUUUCCUAUCAACAUGGAAACACUCUUAAAAUCAACCAUUCAAAUUCUGGAAAUUAUCCUGGAAUUUCUGCUUCCUUUCCUAGUAAUGCUAAUCUGCUAUUCUGCUACUGCUCGGGCAAUCUUUAGGUCAGCAAAUAUUAAGAAGUCCAGGCCUUUCACGGUUCUGCUGGCAGUGGUGGCCUCUUUCCUUGUCACCCAGCUACCGUACAACAUUGUGAAGCUGUGGCGCACCAUAGACAUCAUCUACAUGUUGGUCACGGACUGCAGUGCCAGUAAAACCAUGGAUGUGGCACUCCAGGUCACCAAGAGCAUCGCUUUGUUCCACACCUGCCUCAACCCUCUCCUCUACGCCUUUCUGGGAGCCUCUUUCAAAAUGCACGUCAUGAAAAUCGCAAAAAAUUAUGGGUACUGGAGAAGACAACAGCAGAAGCAAAAUGGAAGACCUGAAGAAAUUUCUAUGAAUUAUGAAGACCCUACUGAAGAAACAGUCAGUUUCACUAUAUAGGCCUCCAUCGCUUCCAUCAUCUUACAUAACCAAGGGAAUUGCUUGCUGAUUCUGGGGGUAUUGUUUCUGCAGCUGUUUCUCUGCAAGUCAACUUUCAGAUGAAUUUCUGAACCUGCCAAGACACUACAGAGCACUUCAAAGUGGAAUGUGUUUAUCAGAAUCAAGCAAGAACGAAAUACUGAAACCCCUAGAAACAACCUGAGAUAUUUACUAAACAACAACAUCAAAGAACUCAAACAAAAAAAAAACC